CACGAACACUUGCAUAAACAGCCCAGUGAGAGGAGGGCAGGCAGGCAGCAGCUAACAGGGGACACUCCAAAACAAAACCCAAAAAACCUUUGGGUUAUCCUGUAAAAAUGAGCAGGAUCGCCGGGGUUCUGCGGCGUACGUUUGGACUAGUGCGCGAACACGUCGGGACGGAUCAUUUGGGGAAUAAAUAUUAUUCUGUCCCAGAGCAGAAGACAUGGACAGGAAGGGUCGUCCAUGCCAAGCGGAUGGUAGAGACAGCCAAUCCUACAGAAUAUGAAUAUAUAGAAGGCAGCAUACCGAUAGAGUGGGACGCAUGGAUCCGAGGCAGACGGAAGGAGCCCCCCUCCGUCGAGGAGUUGCUGAAGAAUGAGUCUUACAGGGAGCAGAUCAAACUAAAGGCCAACGAGGUGGAGGAAAGAGACCUGGCCCUACAGGCCAAGGAGUACAAGGAAGGCCUGGUGGCCACUCCUGCAAGGACUUUGACCAAGGGCCACGCCUCCAGCACCAGCUUCGGCAAACAGGAGCUCAGCGAGGAACCCUCCACCGCUGGAAACACGUUUGAGCCUGGCUCCUGGAUACCCAACCCCAAGAAAUAGACAGACAUUCACACACACUCAGACUGCUAUAUAAUGUGAUACUAUCUUUUAGGAAAGCCCUGCAAUAAAUAUGACCAGUGUGAAACUGAUAUUCACUUUUAGUUGAAACUCUGAAUUCCAUGUUAGCAGAACCUUUCAGCUUAAUGCAAUCCAAGUCAGCAACUGAGGGAAGUAUUUGGUUCAAGGCUGUUUUAUUGGACAGUAUUACAUUAUACAAGGGGUUCUAUUUUUCCAGUCCCACCGUGUAUUAUAUACACAAGACAAUAACCCAUCAGUCCUCUGGAAGCUGACCAUAAGAGACCACAAUGAGUCAGUGUAGCUGAAAGGUCUGCUCAUAAACUAAGAAUGGUUUGCACUUCCAUAAGUCUAUAAAUACUGUGUAAUGCUGAAGUGAUAAUUCAAGAAUUUUCAAAUAAAUUGUUACUAUUGCUAUUUUAAUUAGUUAAAUUUGAUAGACUAAAUGUUGUCAUAUUCAAGAUGAUCGACAGAACAGAGCUCCAGAAACUACUGCAGUAAUGUUCAAUGUCCCUCAGUGAUGAUUAGCUUGAUUUGUGGAGGGCGCAUGUGGGAAAGCAGGAUUAAUCAUGAAAUUCUGAAAUCAGCCAGGAUGGUGCCAUGAAUGCAGCUGCAUUAGACAGUGACUGAAUGUUUCUGUUUUUGAUGGAGGUGGUAUGUGCUACGAAAUCAAAUGAAGAAUGGUCAAAUGAAUGAAUAACGCUGGAGCGUAUUGAUUCCCAGUAAGAAGUUCUUUCACUUGAGGUCAGAGUGCAUUGUUGGUCACAGAGUUGCUGCAGAAUGUUCAGCAGGGUUAGAUCACUGCUAAAAGAGCAGCAUGAACUGAGAUACUGCAGCUAGAACACUGUAUCCCUGCUCUGUGAUUUUCAAAGAGAUGAAAGUAUGCUGAACCCAGGUAUUAAUAAAACUUUAAGUGAAAGAAAAAAGGGGAAAAGAUCAGUAUAUGUCUAUUUCAAACGUUCCAGCUGCUUUACAAGUUCACAAGUGCUUAAAAAUCACUGUACCUAUAUAAAAAGUAUUCAUGA